AUGCCACCACGUCGUUGCUCAGAGAUCCGAACCCCAACUGGUCCAACCUGCCUCCAAGGAGUUUAUCCUUCUCGAUUGGUGCGACUUCGAGCACCAAAUGCCAGCGACGGAGGAACCGAACACAACCACAAUUACGACGGUGCAACUAGCAUCAGGUCUCUUUGCUUUGGAGAAAUGGAGGCCACGAUGCCCAUUUACAAGACUGUUACUCCAACUCCAUUUAAGAUGUGGAUGAGUGAUUCAGUUGGUUGGAGUGAUCGAAUCCAAUUCCACACUCCCCCUGUGGGAGGAUCUGAUGAGCUCAAAUUUCUUGCAUUUGGCGACAUGGGAAAGGCUCCUCGUGAUUCUUCUGUCGAGCAUUAUAUUCAGCCAGGAUCCCUCUCAGUGAUUGAGGCCGUGACGGAUGAAAUAAAUUCCAGGAAUGUAGACUAUGUCUUCCACAUUGGAGAUAUAAGCUAUGCCACUGGGUUUUUAGUUGAAUGGGAUUUUUUCCUUCACCAAAUCAACCCUAUUGCUUCUCGAGUUUCAUACAUGACAGCUAUCGGGAACCAUGAGAGGGACUAUAUAGAAUCUGGAUCAGUGUACAUUCUUGCAGAUUCAGGUGGGGAAGUUGGAGUUCCCUAUGAGACUUACUUUCCAAUGCCAACCCCAGCAAAGGAUAAACCAUGGUAUUCCAUAGAACAAGGAAGCGUCCACAUCACGAUGAUUUCAACAGAGCAUGACUGGACCAAAAAUUUUGAGCAGUAUCAAUGGAUGAAAAAGGAUAUGGCUUCAGUUGAUCGAUCUAAAACUCCUUGGUUGAUAUUUAUGGGGCAUAGACCAAUGUAUACAUCUGCCCCUGGAUUCCUGAGUGUUGAUGAGAAAUUCGUUGACAAAGUUGAACCAUUACUUCUGGCAAGCAAAGUUGACCUGGCGCUGUUUGGUCAUGUCCAUAACUACGAGCGAACCUGCUCCAUUUAUAAGAUCCAAUGCAUGAAAUUGCCUUGCAAAGUUGAGGCUGGGAUCGACACAUAUGAUCAUAGCAACUACAGUGCCCCAGUGCAAGCCAUAAUUGGAAUGGCUGGCUUUUCCUUGGACAAGUUUCCCAGUGGUAUUAACAAUAGUUGGAGUUUAUCAAGGCAUUCUGAAUAUGGUUCUCUCAGAGCGCAUGCAACAAGGAUAGAUAUCAAAUUAGAGUUUGUGAAUGCAGACACAAGAAAAGUUGACGACAGCUUCCACAUUACAAAAGCAUAA